UUCUUAUUUUUUUCUCCCAGUUUCUCUUCCUAACCCAUUCGCCUUCUCAUUUAUAUCUCUUAUUGUGUCUGUCACCUACCAACCCACCCAUUCUUCCGAUUUUUUUUGACCGUUUUAAAUUCAAAAUCGCCAGAAGAACUCAUUGUCUUCUUCCAUUGGUCAACAAGUAACCAAGAAAGAAAAUGAUUUUCCUAACUUAUACUCCUGUUAUUCAGCAAUAUGAUUCGGUUGUGGUAGCAGCAGCAUGCACACUUCCAGCAGAUUCCCUGUUUGCAGUGAUGCUCUAUUUAAUCUAUCCAGACUCAUUCCUUCCAUCGACAUUGUUCAUCGUCAACUUCUCGCUGGUACUUCUCGCACUUUUAGGCAUUAAUUCUAAAGUGUCUUCAAUGAUAUUGCCGGCGUUAGUGUGGAAAUGUGUUCUCCUGUUGUUCCUUUUGUUUUUGGGAUGUAUUUCGGUGGAUGCGUAUCAAGUUCCAGCUACUGAUCUUGAAGAAGCUCAUGUGUCACAGCCACAGGAACAACCCCACCGCUCAAUGAUGGUAUGGAAAGAUCUGGCGGCAAAAUAUCCGAUGCUUCCGUUCAUUGCCGUAGCUUGCACCAUCGUUCUUGCAGUGGAAGCAAGAGUGUUUUUCUCGGCAUGGCAGAAGAUUUGCUGUCCGGCAGUGGUGAACGAUGAAUCAAAUUUGGAGAAAUCUCCUCCAUCGUACAACGCUUGUGUGCGUGCCACAGCCAGCGAAAAAGAUCUUCCGAGCUACGAAGAUGCGCUGAAAAACUCUUCCCAACAACCAUCAACAUCUUCUUCUUCUUCAUCGCCACCAUCACGACCACCCCAUUCUGUAUACACCAUACCUGACGUGAAAAUGCACAAAUCUUCAAUGAUGACCGUAAUCAGUCUUUAAUUUUAUUUGACCUCUUCUUGAGACCCCCUGGCAUGACGUGGCUUUUCUUGCCAAGACCAUUUUUGUACAUUCUCAUUUCUCUCAUUCUUCUUUCCAAAUAUUUUCAAGUUUUCGGUGAUUCGUGACGAGUUCUGCAUCUGCGGGGAAAUUGUGAUCCGGACUCGGUGUCUUUUUGUUUUUUUUUGUUUCAAUCAGUGAUCUCUUGACAUUGUUUUAUUUGCAAUAUGUACAUUUCUUUUUUAUUUAUCCAAAACGAACAAGACUAACGAAAUAAAUUUUUUCGUUUU